AUGUCACUGCAACUUCUCCAAGGAAGCCCUGAGCCACAAGCUGAAGACCCUUCAUAUGAUGACUGGUACCUUGAUGAGCCUCAAGAACCAACAUUACCACCAAACGAAAUUAUCCCAGAAUGUGAUCCCACCUUGUCAGAAGGACUUUACCAUGUCAUCUUGGCACCUCUGUCUCUGGGCAUUAUGCUGCUUCUUUCCUUCCUGGUUAAACGCAGAACACUGUGCAGAACCCGCUGUAAGGGGGUCCCUGGGCUCCUCAGUCCUCUGAACCUCCUGGAGGAUUCAGGAAACCGGUGGAUACCUUGUGCAGUGUUUGGAUUACUUUUCUCAUCGCUCUGCCGUCUGCUUCUCGAUCCUUCUACAAUCAAUUUCAUCCUGGAGUAUGGAGGGCAGCACCAAGAACUGUGGAAGAUCCUUGCUCUUUUCUAUUACCCUGCUCUGUACUACCCUCUGCUAGCUUGCUAUGGUGUGCAGAGGACAGCAGGGUAUAUAUUGGGCACUCUUCUUUCCUGGCUACACUGCGGGGCCCUGAUUUGGCAGAAGGCAGAAUGUCCCCAAACAAAACAGUUCUACAGAUAUUACUCCCUGCUCUCCACUGUGCCUCAGAUCUGCUGCCUGCUGCUUCUUAGUGCUGUGUAUCCAGCUCUGCUACUGCAAAGCCUGCGUCAGUCCUCUGAUUACGAGCAGAAGUUUGAUAAAAAUUGUUAUCUGAAAUAUCUCAAGAGACUCCUGAACCGGAAGCUGUCUAACAGCAGUAAGGACACUUCCAAACUUGGAUCUCAGGUGCUGCAAGCCAUCUGCUCAUAUCUCUUCCCUUCAAAUACAGGUAUCCACUUGUCACUGAGAUCCAUCCUUGCAAUAACUGUAUCUGUUCUAUCAGCAUACCAGGUGGCGCUAAUUAUGCUAGUUAUAUUUCUUCCAACGGUGCAGACUGUGCGCAGAAGCAUUGACAUGGACUUUAUCCUCAUGUUGACUGGCUUUGGCCUUAUUGUGGACAAUGAUAAAUCUCAAGCAGUGAAAUACAUAGUGUAUUAUAUCUGGACUGUUGAAGCUUGCUACAUUGCUGCGCUGGUCCUGUCAUGUGCUGUAACAAUUACAAUGCUGCUAAGAUCAAUUGUUAAACACAGGUUGGCAUUGCAGUCCCUUUUUGCUGGUCAGGUGUCCUUGGUGUUCCUACAGCCCCGCUCCCUUCAUCCAACAUCUGCAGGUCUCUCCAGCUGGAUGAGUCAUGUGAGCUACCAGGCAGCAGUGACCUGUUUAGGUCUGAUUCUGCAGCAUGUGGUUCUGUUUGUUUGCUUCUUAUUUGUAACCUUCCUCAUAAUUAUUCCAAUUGCAUAUGGCAAGUUCCAGCUCCUCCUUCCCAUUCUGGAGAGCACAUGGCCAUUCUGGUUGCUUCUCUUCCUGGUGAUGUUAGCUCAGCAUCUGUGUUCCCGGUUCAUCUUUCUACAGGGGCAUCCUGCCCAAAUCAACAACAGGAGAUGCCUUUUCAUGCUCACUUACCUUCUGCUCCCUGUAAACACCCUACGGGGAGGGCUCCUUGCUCUGUGCCGUCUGCUUGUCUCCGUCAUUUUUAAUGUGAUUCACUUCUGUCGCUUGGACUUGAGCCUCCUUCAGCACAGUGUACAAGGCUGGGACCCAGGGUACAGAAAUUACUGCCACUUCUUGAUGGUGGAAUUCAAUGAGUGCCAUCCGCUGGUCAGAGCAUUUUGUCUACUACUUAGACCUCCAAGGGGUAACAAGAUUGACCUGGAGGAAGGAAUUCAGCUGAUGCAGUCAGAGAGCAAACCUAAUAAAGGUGUGAGAUCUCACCUUGCUCGAGCACGUUGGAGCCUCGCAUACACCCUGAUCCACAACCCGUCUCUCCAGCGGCACCGCGUAACAACCAACAUCAAUGGAAAUAUACCACCAUGUCCCACAUAGAGCCUGAUCUAAACCAACACCUUCCAGUAACAUAGACUACCUCUUCCUUCCUCUCUCUACUCCCCCACACACUCCUAGGGCACUGCUGGGCAGGGUGGUUUGUGUGUGGGAAGGGUGACCCAUUUAUUUUUGUAGAAUAAUCUAGUAAAAUAUA